AAGCGUUCGUCCGCAAUGCUGUCGUAUGAGCGUAUGAAUCAGAGACAGCGCGACUUGUAUGACCAAGUCAAGAAUGCGAGUGGAGAGCUCAGUCUGGACAGGAAGCAGAUGCACCAAGUUGCAGCAAAGGUGAUUGCCGAGGCACUCAAGGUGAACACGACGCUGACUGUGCUCGGAUUGGAUGGAAAUCAGAUUGGCAAUGUUGGUGCACGAGCGAUUGCCGAGGCGCUCAAAGUGAACAUGGGGGUGACCUUGCUCGGUCUGCAACAGAAUCAGAUCGGCGACGCUGGAGCGCAGGCGAUUGCCGAGGCACUCAAAGUGAACACAACACUGACUCAGUUCUAUCUUGGCCGGAAUGAGAUUGGCGAUGUUGGAGCACAGGCGAUUGCUGAAGCGCUCAAGGUGAACAAGACGCUGACUCGACUCGAUUUCACGAAAAAUUAUAUUGGCAGUGUUGCUGCUCAAGCGCUUGAUGAGGCACGCAGAGUCAACGGCACGUUGACCUCACUUCACAUCGACAACCAGAUAAACCCUCUGGCACUUUCCUUACUUCCACGGUUAGCGACGGCUGAAGACCUUCAGACCGUAUUUCACUUGCUGAUCCGCGGGCCGGAGCUGCAGGAUCAAUCCGCAUCUCUACCAGCACUACCGGCCGAGCUUGCCGAGCGCAUCUUGGACGAAGCAUGUUACUGGCAAGGCGUCCUGCAGACGAUGUAUACUGGUGGGCCGAUCGUCACACUGCCUCAAGGCGCCGAUGGCAGUUCGAUCCGCGUGAAAGCAAUUCAUGCGCUUUGUGACAGGAGUGAAGGUUUCGACGUCACCGAUAACAGAGUUUUUGAGUUAAUUGUCUAUGAUGAGCAGGGUAACGUCCAGCUCGAAAGUGCUGUGCACCCGACUUUGCUCGAUUCAACCGUCGAAUUCGUGACGCUCUGCCCAGCGAGUACUCCCAUCAUCCGACAAAUGCGCGAGGAGUGGCAAGUUCAAGUUCGCCCCAGUGGGUCUGUGUACGAUUUGCGAAUGGCAUGGUUUUAUGUCGGGUAUGUCGAACGACUGUGAUCACCAAACGCCUUUCUUGACGAAUACAUGGACACAUUCCUUCUUCCUGAA